AUGAGCUCUCCGAAAGCACAGAUAACGCAAAAGUUGAUAUCGGUAUUGAAAACUUUGCCCAACGAGAGGUUGAAACCGUACGCGUCUUUCAAGGAGUCACAACUAAAAAGAUUCGAAGAUCGGGAUGUCGUAUCUUCGAUUUCGGAAGAGGAUUUAAAAUUGCAAUUUAUAGCUUUGAAAGAGCUCGUGAAUGAUAAGUACAAGAACUAUUAUAAACUAAAUGACAAGUUGUUGAAACCAAAGGGUAAUCCAGAGUACUACAAUCGUUUGAUGAGUGAGAUUAGAGGUGAAAAGAAAGAAUCUUUGCUAACAGCAAUGAGAACAAUCGUGUUUGGUAAAUAG